CUCCUCUGUCACUCAGCAGAGGGAGGAGUAGACGCACAAAAAUGCAGCUUUCACAACAGCCUCCUCCGGGUCUCCAGCUAAACAGGAUUCUCCUCCUCGUAACGAACUGAACGGCGAGUUUCGGUUCCUUUACUCGCCGCGUUUCCGUCUCAUGUAUGGAGGAGCAGCUGUGAGGAGUCUUUUCGGCACUAAAGUAUCGAUCGCCUGGGCCAGCAUGGAGCCUUUGUGAUAGGAUGAGAAGUCCAGUGCCUCGGUUCAGGGACGUUGAGAGGCAGGCUGGCAGCCUGCCGCCCAUGCAGUGUGUCCCUCCCUGUCAUGACCGACAGAACACCAUGUGGUUCGUCCGGGAUGCCUGUGGCAUCGUCUGCGCAGUCAUCACGUGGCUGCUCGUUUUCUUUGCGGAGUUCGUGGUGUUGUUUGUUAUGCUGCUUCCUUCCAAGAACCUCACCUACAGCCUGGUGAAUGGCACCAUCUUCAACAGCCUGGCCUUUCUUGCCUUGGCGUCCCAUUUCAGAGCCAUGUGCACAGACCCAGGGGCUGUACCAAAAGGAAAUGCCACAAAAGAGUACAUAGAGAGCCUGCAGCUGAAACCAGGUCAGGUGGUCUACAAAUGUCCCAAAUGCUGCAGCAUUAAGCCUGACAGAGCCCACCACUGCAGUGUAUGCAAGCGGUGCAUUCGGAAGAUGGACCACCACUGUCCUUGGGUCAACAACUGUGUUGGUGAAAGUAACCAGAAGUACUUUGUGCUCUUCACGAUGUACAUUGCACUCAUCUCUCUGCAUGCCUUGGUCAUGGUGGUCUUUCAUUUUUUGUACUGCUUUGAAGAUGACUGGACAAAAUGCAGUACCUUCUCACCUCCAGCAACAGUCAUCCUCCUCAUCCUCCUGUGCUUUGAGGGCCUCCUCUUUCUCAUCUUCACCUCUGUGAUGUUUGGCACCCAAGUCCAUUCCAUCUGUACAGAUGAGACGGGCAUAGAGCAGUUGAAAAAGGAAGAGAGAAGAUGGGCUAAAAAAACUAAAUGGAUGAACAUGAAGGCGGUAUUUGGACACCCCUUCUCAAUAGCAUGGUUUAGCCCGUUUUCUACACCUGACCAUGGGAAAGCUGACCCCUACCAGUAUGUGGUCUGAGUUCAGGAAGAAUAGUCCCCUCUCUUGCCCAGCUUUAAGGUAGAGACUGGAGUUCACUGGACCCGUCUUAACUCCCAAACACCCACCGGCAUCCUUGAGCGUGAUUGUAAUCCUGACUUGAGCAGUGCGUCUUGCAUUACAUUUACCAAUGAGGCUAAAUCAGCUUUGAUUUAUUCUUGUGAGGAGAAAAAUAUAUGAAACCUCUAUUUACCUUUGUAUCUAUUCAUUUUCCUUAAAGGUAAGCUCCAGGAUGGACCCCUUAAAUUUGUUAUUCAGUAACCUUCUUUACAUGUAUACUUUUGUCCACAUGUCUGUACACAUUUUGAGGUUGAGUGAGCAAAUGGAUUGAUUCUGUGUCAAUACACACCACAGUUCUGUAAAUUCCAGUUAUGUUAACUAUGUUAUGUCUGGAUUAUGGAGUCUUAACUUUAAAUCAUUUCUUUCUUUCUUUUUUUUUUCCCCCCUAUUCCUAUUUUGCCUUGGGCCAAGGUCAGUCAGUCCCUAGCCAUCCUGUUUUUUUUUUUAUUUCCCGUCAGGAAGUAAGAUUACAAAUGAUAGUUCAGUGAAAUGGACGGCAUGCAAUGUAAUGUAAUGCUCAGUAUUGUUACUUGUGAAUAAUCAGUGUAGAGAGCCGUUUAUGGAGGGGAUAAUGUGUUGCAAAUGUGAACUGUCAUAUGAGUCGAGCAAAUGCUUUGUAACAUAUGGAGUCAAACAUGGAAUUUCUGAGAGUAACAAGUCACUAGAAGAUGAUUUCAGAUAUUCAGUUUAUCAGUAAUAAUGUUCAAUGAUAAUUGCUGAUGAUGGAAAAUAGCUCAUUUUAAUCUAUUUGAAAUGAUUUUCUCUGAAUUAGUCCUCAAUUGAUGUAAACAUGUAAAUAAAGUAUAUAUUGUUUUUAGCCAUUUACAGCAUGUAUGGUAUAUUUGGUUUAUUCAAAUAUGUUGUAGUGAGAAGAAACCAGUAUUCAGACACUUAGGUUCUUGUUAUUUAAUAUGCUUCCAACGCAUAUCACUGUAUCUCCAUUUUUCAGUUGUUGACAUAGUUUGAAAAUGUCUGUUGCCCUUUACAUUGUGCAUGAUUAAUUUUGGUCCCUUCAUCAUAAAAAUGACCCAAAAUUACUUGAAAAUAUGUUUGGUAUGAAUCUUUGUUCAGACAGCAGCGAUAUGUCCUCUUCAAAUUUCAAUGUUUUCAAAUUAACGAGUAAAGACACUGCUGGCAGUUACAGCUUUGAGACAUCUGCAGUAAAAAGUAACUAGCUUUUUGCAGCAUUGUGGUUCAGUUUUGUCCUGUUCCACUGUCUUCAAUUCCCCAAGCUUAUGAGGUUUACUCUGAUUGACUCAGAUUUCAAAUUCCACUUUAAAUGUUAAGUUUGAUUUAAAUUCAUAAGUAACAAGUAAAAAUAAGUGACCCCCCCCCCAAUCAUGUUUCCUUCAAUGACGUGUAAUGUCCCAGUACUGUUUGAAGAGAUGCAGCCUCAUAUCAUGAUGCUCCCACCUCCAUACUUCACUGUAGGUUUCAUUUCCUUGGAAGCAAAUGUGCAACCCUUCUUUGUCCAAACAUGAGGAGCUGAAUCACUGCCAGCAUGUUCUGUUUUUUUGUCUGAGCAGAGGAUGUUGUUUCAAAGAAAUUCUGAUUUGUCUAAAUGCUCAUGUACAAAUUUUAGACACUAUCUGUGCUUCAUUUUUAGCAGAAGUGUAGGAACAGAGAUGAUUGCAGUAAAGUUUAUAGCUAAAGUUUAUAAUUGUUGUCUGUGUAUCGAUCACUGUGUUUUUAAGUGACUGCUGUCUUCUCUCUAACCUGCCUUAUCAUAUCGUCUUCAUCAGUAGGAGGGUGCAUAGUGAAAUCUUGCAUGGCGAACCUGUCCAAAGACAAUUAGUUGUGGUUCCAUGAUUAGUCGUGGCACCUUUUGAUUGGCAUGUUAUUGAACAAGUCACACUGAAAAGUAUGUUUAAGGUAUUUGCUGUGGUUCUGUAACUUUUAUCAAUUUGAAAUGUAUUUAAUUGUGUUGUCCCUAAGAACUUUAGGAAGGAACUUUAUGAAGCAACUUUACCAUCGCCAUGAUUGCGACUUGUGUGAAGUCUUCCCAACCAAUUGAAACAUCUUUUAUCAGGACACCAGGUGCAUUUUUGCAGCAUUGGCAUAUAUUUGCAGCAUGUAACAUAUAUAAAAAAAAAUAUAUAUAUAUAUAUAAAUAUAUAAAAUACAACAUCUGAAUACUUUUUCACCUUUUCAUAAUGACUAAUGACACUCAAUACUAGAAAAGGAUAAAAUCUCUUCUUCUUCUUCUUUUGGCUGCUCCCUUUAGGGGUCGCCACAGCAGAUCAUCUGCCUCCAUCUUGCCCUAUCCAUUGCCUCCUCUACUUUCACAUAGAAAAGGAUAACAUGAAAAUGCAAAUAAAAAAAAUUCCACAUUGAGACGUGUAAAGUUAAUAUAUGCACUAGAAGUAAAUUAAAAAACAGAAACAAAAGUGUCUGAAUACUUUUACCCCUACACUGUAUGAGGAAGGGUAUUUGAGUUUGUUGUUAGCAAUCAAAAUACACUUGAUAAGAGACCAGUGAAAAGCUUAAUUAAAGGGUAACUCUGAAAGUA